UUAUUAUACUUUUUUGGACCUCUCUCCCUCUCCCGUGUUAUUAUUUUUGUGCCUGGGACGUACCAUGCCGGUGGUUGGUGUAGCCUCCAAGCUCAGGCAACCCUCCUCUGUGGGCACAAAACCAGUGCACACGGCUCUUCCCAUCCCCAGUGCGGUGAGGGCAGCCACCGCGCAGGGCUACAUGUCCCGGCAGCAGGAGAUCAGGGCAGGUGAGGGUGCCCCAGGGCUUUCCUGCCAGCUGUCACUCAAGUCCGAGUACCGGCAGGAAAAGACAUCAGAGGGGAAGUCCAGAGCUGAGACAGAGGAGAGCAAAAUCUGCAAGAUUUACACAGACUGGGCCAAUCACUACCUGGCCAAGUCUGGCUGUCCACGCCUCAUCAAGGACCUGAGCCAGGACAUCACCGAUGGAGUCCUGCUGGCACAGAUCAUCCAGAUCAUAGCAAAUGAGAAGGUGGAGGACAUCAAUGGCAGCCCGAGGAGCCAGUCACAAAUGAUUGAAAAUGUGGACGCCUGUCUCAGUUUCCUGGACGCCAGAGGAGUGAAUGUACAAGGGCUCUCAGCAGAAGAGAUCAGGAAUGGCAACCUAAAGAGCAUCCUGGGCCUCUUCUUCAUCCUGUCGCGCUACAAGCAGCAGCAGCAACAACAGCAGCAGUACUACCAGUCCCUGGUGGAGCUCAGCCAGCAGACCAGCAGCACUGCGCCAUCCGCCAGCAGCCUCAACAGACAAACACAAGAGAUGCAGUCCAGUCUGACAGCACGAUAUGCAAGUCCUCCGGGCCACAGUGGAAUAGGGUCACCACAAAAGAAGAACACAAGGUUACCGGGGCCCUCUAGGGUACCUGCUGCAGGCAGCGGGGCCUCCAGGAGCCCCGGCUCCUCUAACCUCAACCGUCGCAGCCAGAGUUUCAACAGCAUCGACAAGAGCAAGCCUCUUCAGUAUGCCAGUGGAAAUGACCGAGAAGCAGUGAGGGGCAUCCCCGUACCCAGUGGGAUGAAUGGGAGCAGUAUUGGUGGAACAGUUCCCACCAGCCUCAGUGGGCAGCAGCUGGCCUCUGCCAUCCCCUCACCCACAGCCGGCAAGUCCUGGCGCAGCAAGUCCAUGAACCUUAAACACAGUGCCACUUCGUCAAUGUUGGCCAGCCCCACGCACUCACCUUCCACCACUCCUUCAACCCAGUCCCCAGAAGGACUUCAGCCUCAUGGCAUUGAUGGAUCAAAAAUGGGAUCCACAGUUGGGGGCGGCCCCCAGAGGUCAAUGCUGGAUAAGUUCCGCAUGAUUAACCCUAGAUCGGCUUCGCGAGCGUCGCCAUCCGUCGCAGAGAUGGCUCUGCAGGAGGAGGAUGACCUGUCCGAGUAUGGCGAGGACGGACUGACACCCACAGGGUCAGUGUGCAGCAGUGGCAGUAGCAGUGCUACAGCCAAGCAAAUUCCUACCAAAACCCCGUCAUCGUCCCUCACGCCACCAAGCAAGACGUCCUCUUCGUCCCCCUCCUCCUCAUUUUCAAAAGCAUCUGCCAAUGGCACUAGGUACAAAGACAAGGAAGACAAAAGCAAGUCUGGGAAACCGUCUAAGGAAAGUUCUCCACCCAAAGAGGAGCGUGAGUUUUCUGCAGACUCCAACAAAAAGACAUCCAAAAUUGCCAGCCUCAUCCCCAAGGGAGGGAAGCCAUCGUCGGGUAAGAAAGACGGUGGCGCCUCCACUGGCAUCCCAAAGCCAGGACUAAAAGCUCCCUCAACAACAACAACAGCAAAGCCUCAGAGUCAGUCCCAGACCCAAAGUCAGGCUGCCUUAAACAGCAGCGGCAACAUACGGGGAGGAGAGGGGGAGAAAGGGAAAAUGACAAAAGGAGGGCAAGGUGGAAGUUUCUAUAUGCAGCGUUCCGUCGGUGGCCCAGAAGGAAAACGGACCAGCAUGACCUCCUCCACCAGCACCUCAGCACUCUCUGGAUCGAGCGGGAUGCUGGGAGGAGGAGGUGGAGGAGCACUGGGGGGGAACGGAGUGGUUCAGCUUCCUCAGCAGCAGCAGCACAACCAUCCCAAUACUGCCACUGUGGCCCCCUUCAUGUACAGGACAUUCUCAGAAAAUGACUGCACCAUGGUGGCCCCAGUUGACCCCUGCCUCAGCCCCACCAAGGGAGAGCUUGUGUACAGCAAGACAGCCAAACAGUGCCUGGAGGAAAUAUCAGGAGAGGAUCCUGAGACGAGACGCAUGAGGACGGUGAAGAACAUCGCCGACCUGCGACAGAACCUCGAAGAAACCAUGUCCAGUCUACGGGGGACUCAGAUCAGCCACAGUACAUUAGAAACAACCUUUGACACCACAGUAACCACUGAGGUGAAUGGACGGAGUCUCCCAGCCCUCACUGCACGCUCCUCCCCCAUGGCUUGGCGGCUGGGCCAAACCCAAACCCCACGUCUCCAGGCGGGCGAUGCCCCCUCAAUGCCCAGCAGCUACGCUGCACCCAGGACCAACACGACGGGCGCUGGCACGACCACAGGGCGCUACAGUGGGCACUCGGACUCCACCAGGUUUGUGUUCAGCGCCCCCCUGAGACGAGCUCCAGUGACAGGGGCGAGGGGGGCGGAGCAGGGAGAGAAGGGAGGAGGCGGGCUGGAAGGAGGGAAGCAGAUGGAGGUGGCAGGGUACAUGAGUGAUGGGGACGUCCUAGGGAAGAGCAACCGGAUGGAUGAGAUCACCAACGGAUACAUUACAGACGGUGGCCUCCAUCUGUAUGCAAGGAACACGGGCAGACCAUCAGACAUGACGUCUUCACGAGACGUAUCCCAGAGAGGAAGCAAAGAGAUGCAGGGCGACAUCGACAGUUGGGACGACAGCAGCUCGGUGAGCAGUGGUCUGAGUGACACGUUGGACAACAUCAGCACGGAUGAUCUGAACACACCUGCCUACUCUGCUGUUACCUCAUCACGCAAAAGCAAGGGAGCACAGUCGCAGAGAGGAAGCAGGUCCAAGCAUGCAGAGCAGGAGGUGAGCAGCAGUUGGGCCGGAGCUGAGGACCUGAAGAAGGUAGAGGAGGAGCUGGAUGCAAGCAUGGACCCCAGCAGUGGCUCCUCCCGCUGGAAGACUUCGUCAUCCUCCCCUUCCUCCCAAACCCAGGGUCAGUAUGAGGAGGCAGGUCAGAAGGCUGCUGCACUGGCCCAGAUGUCCCAGACAGGCUCAUGGAGGAGGGGAAUGACAGCCCAGGUGGGCAUCACACCACCCAGGACUAAGGCUACUUCUGCUGCCCACAAAACUCCAGGCAAAACUGAUGAUGCCAAGGCCUCAGAGAAGGGCAAAGCACCCUCCAAGAGUUCAGCUGCCAUUCAACGCUCACCCUCAGAUGCAGGGAAGAGCAGUGGGGAUGAAGGCAAGAAACCCCCCUCUGGCAUUGCACGCCCACCUGCUACAGGCUCAUUUGGAUACAAGAAGAUUCCAGGUCCCAGUGGCACCCUAAUCACCUCCAGUGGGGCAACACUCGCCAGUGGCUCAGCCACCCUGGGCAAGGCGCCCAAGUCCUCAGCUGCACUUGGCAAAGGCACAGGCAUUGGUGGUGUGCGGAAGACCAGCCUGGAUGGCUCACAGCCCCAAGAUGACGGCGUUCUACUCAGCUGCGGAGGCUCCAAAGUGACCCUCCAAUACCGCUCUCUGCCCAGACCCGCCAAAUCCUCCAGUGGGGCGGCAGCAGGACGCAGCGGGCAUCGCUCCAGCUCCAGCAGCAUCGACUCAAAUGUCAGUGGCAAAUCAGCUGGUGGGGCAGUGGCACAAACGGGCGCAAAGCGCAGAGAUGGAAAAGUGGGCUCAGACCGCUCCAGUCCCAUCACAGUAAACCAGACAGACAAGGAGAAAGUAGCAGUGUCAGACCAGGACCCGACAGCAGGACUAUCCACAUCCCCCAAGUCCAGUCCGACGUCCACCUCGACAGGCCAGUCAGGCCUCAGGCAGCCAGGUUCCAAGUAUCCUGAUAUCGCUUCACCUACCUUCCGCAGAUUGUUUGGCACCAAAGCCAGCAGCAAGGCCAGCUCCCCAGGUACGCCCGACUCUGGCAAGUGCCCCUCAAUUCUGGGCAGCCCCCACGGCACAUUGGCAAGGCAGGCCAGUCUGGACUCACCCUCCUCUGGCACAGGGAGCCUGGGCAGCGCUAGUGGCAUGAGUGGUUGCAGCAGCCCACUGUACGGUAAAACCCCAGACUUGUGCACUGACUCCCUGGCCUCCAGCCCGGCCUCUGGCCUCUCCCUGCCCUCCAACGCUCGGCCCUGGCCUGCCUGUAGCUCAUCAGCUGGCAGCAAGGACACACUGAGUUGCCAAAGCAUGACCAGUCUGCACACCAGCUCUGAGUCUAUUGAUCUGCCACUGGGCCACCAAGGGCCAAAGAUUACACGAACCGGCAGUGUCAAGUCCACCCUGUCUGAGGGCAUGCCUCUUGACAGAAACACACUCCCCAAAAAAGGACUGAGGUACCCGGCGUCCUCUCGGCAGACUUCAAAUGACGAAGGGAAGGAAUGGCUGAGGUCCCAUUCAACAGGGGGGCUUCAGGACACAGGCAGCCAGUCCCCACUGUCUCCUCCAGGAGCUACCUGCACCGCAAUUGGAAAAUACCACUACUCAAACCUGUUGAGUCCCACCAACAACAGCCAGUAUAACCUGCCACCAAACAACACCAGCAUGAGCCGUUCCAACAGCAUCCCUGCCCAGGACUCGUUUGACCUGUAUGGAGAGGGUCACCCACUGGGUGGCAGCGCGACCUCCUUAGAAGAUCGCCCGCGGGCCAUCAGCCGCUCCGGCUCCUUCAGGGACAGCACUGACGAAGUCCAUGGCUCGUCAUUGUCACUGGUCUCCAGCACAUCUUCACUCUACUCUGCAACAGAGGAGAAAGCACACUCAGAGGGCCAAACAGUCCAAAAUUCCACGCAAAUCAGAAAACUGCGUCGGGAGCUGGACGCCUCUCAGGAGAAGGUGGCGACCUUGACGUCUCAGCUGUCUGCCAAUGCUCACCUGGUGGCAGCCUUUGAAAAGAGCUUGAGCAACAUGACCUGCCGCCUGCAGAGUCUCACCAUGACUGCUGAACAAAAGGAGUCUGAGUUAGUUGAGUUGCGGGAGACCAUAGAGACGCUGAAGACCCAGAACACAGACGCACAGACGGCCAUUCAGGUGGCUCUCAACGGUCCUGAUCAUUUCCACAAAGAUCUGCGGAUAAGACGGCAGCAGUCGUCUGAAAGCAUGUCCAGCAUCAACAGUGCAGCCAGUCACUCCAGCAUGGGCAGCUUGGGCAAGGAUGCCGAGGACAAGAAGAAGAAGAAGAAGAGCUGGGUGGCUGAUUCCAUCCCAGCUCAGUUGCGCAGCUCCUUUAAGCAGGCCUUCAGCAAGAAGAAAACCAAAUCCCAGUCAGCACAUGACGAGACAGAGGAGAUGACAGACUCACUGCCAUCCUCACCCAAACUGCAGCAUGACAACAGGCAAGGCAGCAUCGCCACGUUGCAUUCUUCCCCCUCCACGACAGACAAGUGCAUUUGCGAUAGCAAGUCCUCCCCUAUUUGGACACCAAAGAAAAAGCAAAAUGGUCAUGUGGUCUACAAGCACAGAUCUCGGUUGUGUGAAUGCACCGAGGCAGAGGCCGAAAUCAUCCUCCAGCUGAAGAAUGAGUUAAGAGAGAAGGAGCUCAAGUUGACAGAUAUACGCUUGGAGGCGCUCAGUUCUGCGCACCACCUUGACCAGAUCCGAGAGGCCAUGAACCGCAUGCAGAACGAGAUAGAGAUGCUGAAAGCGGAGAACGACCGCCUCAAAUCCAGCAGCAACGCGACGCCCGCGGCCACGCCCGUCAAAACCGCCCGGCCGCCUUCUGAGACCUCCAGCACCUCCUCGUCCUCUUCGCGUCAGUCCUUGGGGUUGUCGCUAAAUAACCUCAACAUCACUGACACCAUCAUGUCAGAUAUUCUGCUAGAUGACAGCUAUGAGGGCAAUCUACGCAAAGAGGGCCGGAGUGUGCGUAUAGUGGUUAACAUCAACAGCGGGCCAAAUAAAACUAAGGACACACAGAGCCAGUACCUGAUUGGGUCGAUAGGCGUGAGUGGAAAAACCAAGUGGGACGUCCUGGACGGCGUCAUCCGGCGCCUCUUCAAGGAGUACGUCUUUCGCGUGGACCCUCUGACCACCCUGGGUCUCAACUCAGACAGCAUCGUCUGCUACAGGAUGGGGGGGGUGGUUCGCGCCCACGCCUCCGAAGUGCCUGAGCUGCUGCCCUGCGGCUACCUGGUGGGCGACAACAACAUCAUCAAGGUCAACCUCAAAGGAGUGAAGGACAACAGUAUAGACAGUCUGGUGUUUGACACGCUCAUCCCAAAACCCAUCAUCCAGCGGUACCUCAACCUGCUGAUGGAGCACCGUCGCAUCAUCCUCUCAGGACCCAGCGGCACUGGCAAGUCCUUCCUGGCUGUCAAGCUGGCCGAGUACAUCAUUUCCCAAAUGGGGCAGGAGGUGACUGAGCACAACGUGGCCAGCUUCAACGUGGACCAGAACUCCAGCAAGGAUUUGCGUCAGUACCUGUCCAACCUGGCAGAGCAGUGCAACUCUGAGGAGACGGACACAGAGCUCCCCACUGUGGUCGUCCUGGACAACCUCCACCACAUCGGCUCACUCAGUGACAUAUUCAACGGUUUCCUCAACUGCAAGUACCAUAAAUGUCCGUAUGUUAUUGGGACCAUGAAUCAAGGAGUUUCCUCGUCUCCUAACCUCGAGUUACACCACAACUUCAGGUGGGUGCUGUGCACCAACCACACUGAGCCAAUCAAAGGGUUCCUGGGCCGUUUCCUGCGCAGGAAGCUGGUGGAGACUGAGAUCAAUAAAAACAUGCGCAGCAAUGACUUGAUAAAGAUUAUCGACUGGAUCCCAAAGAUCUGGCAGCAUCUCAACGGCUUCCUGGAAGCACACAGUUCCUCCGAUGUCACCAUAGGCCCCCGUCUCUUCCUGUCCUGUCCCAUGGAUGUAGAAGGCUCUCGUGUUUGGUUCACGGACCUGUGGAACUACUCUCUGGUGCCGUAUCUGCUGGAAGCCGUGCGAGAAGGGCUCCAGCUGUACGGCAAAAGAGCAGCAUGGGAGGAUCCGUCCAAGUGGGUGAACGACACGUAUCCGUGGAACGCCGCCUCUCUGCAGCAGGACGGCCAGUCACUGCUGCAGCUGAGGCCGGAGGACGUGGGAUACGACAGCUACAACUCCUCCAAGGAGGGAGCCUCGUCCAAGCAAGUGUCUCAGAGUGACACUGAGGGAGACCCACUGAUGAAUAUGCUGCUACGGCUGCAGGAGGCAGCGAACUACUCCAGCACACAGAGCUGCGACAGUGACAGCACCAGUCACCAUGACGACCAGCUGGACUCCUCCCUUGAGUCGGCGCUAUAAGAGCAAGCGCAGCGUUUGAGGACAAACGGAUCCUUGGACUCCUUGAACCAGGGAACACAUAAACCUCCAUCACUAUAAGACAUGACCUCUAUAGACGUAUGAUAUAUGAAAAGUUUUAUUAUCCUAAAUGGUAUAUCCACCAUUUCAAAGUAAACUCCUAUUUUUGACAUAAUGAUGGUGCAAUAUUAAAUCAAAAGUCUAUGUUUUAAAGAGCAGUUUCCAACUUGAUUACAAUGACAAACAAUCAUAUGAGUUGGAUCACUUCUAUUUUGCCGACGUGAAAUAUUUAAGUUAGCGAGUGAGUUUUAUUGGAUCUAUAACAUUUUAACAAUACAACUUUUCAUAUAUGUGUGUGGGCAGGAUGUUCCUCUUCAGUUGACUUUCAAGACAUAAACCACAGUCUGUGCUCAGCUAGGAUGAGCCACACUUUCCUUUUGAGACGUCAAUCGCCAGAGAGUUACAACAUGAGAGAGAGAGAGCGCGAAAGGUUGACAUGAUAAAACUGGAUUUUUGUUUUUUAAAACCCAGUUAUAUCUUCAGAUGUUUACAAGCGGGGGCGGGGGUUAUUGUGUUUCGGGGUUUUUUUUACACGUAUUUCCUUGUUUACAGAGGUGCUUCUCACAAACACACACCCAUAUAAAUGCACUUACACAUAGGCAGCAGGAGUUUCCUUUUAAUCCGUGGCUUAAACCAGUUCAUGCAUUUGAUCAACAAUGCAGCCUGCCAAAGUGUCCUUGAGCAAGGCAUGGUGUCUCCACCACCUCUGAGGUACGUGAUGUCCAAUCUGAGAAAGGCAGGGAGGAGGACAACGCUGUGGCUUGGUUUUAGGGAAGGUGCGAUGCCCUCUGGUGGCUUCACUUGAGGCUCGUAGCUCUAACGCUGAAUGUUGAUCCUUCACAUACAAAUUGGAGCCGUUACAGAUUCAUCGAAUUGAUUCUGAGUUUCAGUAAUGUUAGUUUAGAUUUGUUGUUUGAGCUGAACUCACAGCUGACAGUUACUCUUUUUUAGAAUCAGGUUCAGGGCUACAGGACACUUUCUGUCUAGUUGUUUACCUCUGUGUCACUGACAUUUGUCAUUACCUUUUUAAACAUUCAGUCGGGCCAGUCCGUGGUGGCACAGCCUCUACACCUGGACACACACACGCUCAGUCAUGACUUGAGCCUCACGGUGCUUCUCUCCUGCCCUGAACCUCAUCAUCAGUGUCAGGCACUGCCAUGUCACUCCUCUCUGCCCUGCAUGCCAACCAGCACAAUGACAGCUCAUUGUCCGUGUCAUCGGCCACAUCGUUACUGUGAAGCAAAAUAUGGACAAGUGCCAAUGUUUCCCUUUGAUUUACUGCCAAAUCUACACACACACACACACACACACACAUAACCAAACACUUCCCACCACAAUGCAAAGCUGCCCAUUUGUGGACUUAGAUUUAGUUCUUUUUUCUGCUUUCUUUACAUCUGAAGCAUGUUGUUACAGCGCACAACAGCAUCAGCUGAUCAUUUGCUAAACUCCUCCCCUAAGCAGUGACUGUCCGCUCAUGUCCGUCAAGCUUUGGAUUUCUCCUCCUGAGCUCUUACAUUCAGAUACUCAGUGUUGAAAAAAAAAAAAGGCUGGUGUUGAUUGAAGCCUUUCCUGUAGCAAGGACUAGAUUUAGCAGCGCUAGUUGUGACCCAUGAUCACUCUCCAGAUACAAACUGUAAGACUUUGCUGUUUUGAUGUCUAAUAAGCUUUAAAAUAUAUAAAUCCAUUGUUGCAAAUGGACUUUUCGAGAACAAAAAGUAUUACGUAAUGUAUGUCGCUGUCAAAGUGCCAAAGACCAAUUUUAGGAGACAGUUGUUAUUAUAACGAAUGAGCUGGAAAAUGUAAAGCUUGACUGGCAUAGUGUACAGUGUAUAAAGGGGGUGGGUCUUAGCAGAUAGUCCUUUGAAAAUAGUUUAAUUCUUGUUGUGAUCUAAGUAGAAAAUGGGGGAAUUUCAGACAGUAACAGGACAACAGUAGGCUGGAUAAUUAACUGGUGUCACCUGACAGAGCUGUGACACUGUUUUAUCACUUCAAAAUAUUGAUCAUUAUAAAAAUUGACGAUAUAAAAUGGCUGCGUCUUGCUUGGAAAUCUCUGGCACUCAUGUGAGAGUCUGCAGUUCAUCUGGGAUCCAUGAGGUACCAAAAAAAAAAGAACUAUCAGUAGUGUUUUGAAAUGCAAAUUAAAGAGAUCAGCUCAGUAUCUGUAUAUGAGAACAGUGGUGCUGGUGCUUUCUCACUGCCUUAAAUGUGCAAACGUUUGGGAGGUUGAUGGACGAUGAUGAUGAUGAAGAUGCUGCUUGUAGCUUGAAAAACAGCUUCUUGUGUGUGGUCGCUCUCUCAUCCCACCCUCCGCUUCUUCUUGUUCCUGACAGUUGAAGUAUAAAAGAGUCAUUGCUGUCAUUUGAAUUCAAAAACUGACCAAUAUUGUAAAAACAUUUAAAAGGGACGGGGUAUUUUUUUAGUUGUUGUUUUGCGCCCAGUUGAGCUGGGCUCACUUGAACAGACAGGAGCACAACCAAACUGUUUUGGGUUUUCUAGCCUGAUGAGCAUGUUUUAAAGCUUUUUAAAGGGGAUGCAUUGAGAAGAGACCUUUACCUUUAUGUAUGCGUAUUGGACGGAAGCCAUUUUAAAUUUUGAUUGUCCUCUCUUUGUUUAUCGAGUGGGUUGGUUUUGCACACUUUGAGGUUGGGGGUGGGUUGUAAAUACUUAAGUCUUGCACAGUGAAUCAAAGAUGCAUUCUGCUCUGUUGAUGUUACAAUAUGCUUAUCCCGCUGAGUAAAUUAUUGUACUUUGAAAACAGAGGGGAGGGGAAAAAAGGAAGGCAAAAACUCAACACGCUGUCAGAAACAGGUAUGUGUCUUGUAGUGAUUGGAUGUUUCGCCUAUGCAGGAGGCCAACGGUGUAAAGUUAGUGAACUGUUUGUUGACUCACUGACAUCACAGACUGAGAACAAAAAAAAGAAAAGAAAAAAAUAGGCACUUUUCCAGUUUUCCCGCAUCCUGCCAUAAUCUCUUCUGGAUCCUCUCUGUCUAUAUGAAUGCCUGUUGUUUCUUAAAAGCACUUCUCUGUGGACAUUUUAACCCAAGCUUACCGCCACGUUGGGCUUGUUCGCUGUUUGAGGCACUGAAGCUGACCUGACACCGUACUGUAUACACUUACCAACAACCAACCGGUGCUACUUGUCAGUCAAAGCCCACCAGAGACCAACGAGUCACAUUGUCACAACCUCAGGACAAUCCAAUCCUAUACAAUCCUACCUGUGUUUAGCUUCACGUGUCUCGACAGCCAAGCCUCUGAUGGUUCGCACAUUUCAGUACAAUAUAUGUUGCCAACUUCACCGUCCUUGUGUCUGCAAGGGUGUGUGGUUGCAUGCUAAGGGAGCAGUUACCAUAGUAACAGGUGGCUCCUUAACUUGACUUACACCUAUGUAUCAAACCUGAGCUUAGCUAUCCCACAUUUAACCUCUCAGCUACUCUACACUCCUGUUGUAGGCCAUUAGUUCAGAGCUUGGACGCCGUUAACAGUGUACACCGUCGUGCUGAUGAUUAACCGGUAACAUUUUUCCCCACUUACACCUUUGCAGUUACAUCUCAGUUGAAAACCAUAGCAUUUACUCUGGUUUGAGAGAAAGUUUUCUUCUUUUCUGGGUGAAACAUUUGUCCUUAAAUGUUUUAUAUUUUGUACAUUUGUAUGUAACAUAUCAUGUAAAUAGACAGAGACAGUGAUUUAACUCAUCUGGAGGAUUUUGUAGUCUUUGUAAAGCCCUAAUAAAUGGUAUUUGGUGUCACACAAGCAAACAA